GGUUCCAGGAAGCAAUAAGCACCUUCAUGAAAAUAACUCAAGUCCCCAUCCUUAAUCCCUGCCUAUCCUUUUUUAUCUGAUGGACUCAGCGAAGGCUGGAAGAUCACAGUGUGGCUGAAAACAAAAGGGAGUUAACAAGAUGUGACCAGUCAAUGGAUAAAACAAUAGGCGAAACCCUCCACGUUGUCUAGUGCGCAGGUGUCCUUCCCAUGCCCAGGUAGCCAUGUGGAUCGCGGUGAGUUUGCUCUGCUGCUUAACGCUCGGAGGGCUGCCACGGGCGGGCGGCUCGUGCCCAUCGCAGUGCAGCUGCGCCUUCCACAGCCUCAGCGAAGGGACGAAAGCCAGGACAGUGCUGUGUAAUGACCCGGAGAUGACCCUCACUCCUGUGAACAUCCCUGUAGAUACAUCCAAGCUUCGGAUAGAAAAGACAGCCAUCCGCAGGGUGCCAGGAGAGGCUUUCCAUGGACUCCACAACCUGGAGUACCUCUGGAUGCCCUAUAACUCCCUGGCCAGCCUCAGUGGGAUCACCUUCAAGGGCCUUCGUCGCUUGCAGGAGCUGAGGCUGGAUGGGAACGACUUAAUAUCAUUCCCCUGGGAAACCCUGGCUGACAUGCCACAGCUAAGGCUUCUGGAUUUACACAACAAUGAACUUACCUCGAUCCCUCCAGAUGCUGCUCGUUAUGUCAAGAAUAUCACAUACCUGGACCUGUCUAGCAAUAAGCUGAUGACUCUUCCUCAGGCUCUUAUUGCCACCUGGGCCAACCUCCAGGCCGUUCCUUACUUCCCCAACGAUAACUCCAAGAUCAUCCUAGGCUUGCAAGACAAUCCUUGGGUUUGUGACUGCAGUCUGUAUGAAAUGGUCCAUUUCCUAAAUUUCCAGUCUCCUAACAUAGCAUUCAUUGAGCCCAGGCUGAAAUGCUUCACCCCCCGGAGCCUUGCAGGAGUCCUCUUCAGCCAAGUCGAGCUAAGGAAGUGUCAAAGCCCCGUUGUACAUACGUCCGUAGCCAAAGUAAAGACCAUCCUGGGCAGCACUGUGCUACUGCGAUGUGGAACGACGGGGGUGCCCAUUCCUGAGCUCAGCUGGAGAAGAGCUGAUGGUGCUCAACUAAACGGCACAGUUCACCAAGAGAUUUCCAGUGAUGGCAUGAGCUGGUCUAUUCUAGGCCUGCCUGUAGUCUCUUAUCUCGACUCUGGAGAGUACAUAUGUAAAGCAAAGAAUUUUCUGGGGGCAACAGAGGCGUUCAUAUCUCUCAUCAUCACAGACUCAGAAAGCACAGAUGACCCCAACUCUAAUGCCAAAGGCGCAUGGAGCGGGAAGGCGAGUGGGAUGGAGGCAGCUGCCUACAAUGACAAGCUAGUGGCAAGGUACAUUAUCACCACCUCCACCGUGCCUACCCUGGGGUCUGGAGUGGGCACCGGAGAGGGCCUCCUCCUCCCAGAUGUGGCCCAAGAUAGCAACCCCAGAAACCUGCUGGUGAGCCCGCCUACCGGUCAGCAGGAGCCGGAGCGAAUGGUGAGGUCCGUCAGGGUGAUAGGAGACACCGACCAGAGCAUCACCCUGGCCUGGAAGGCACCUCUGGCAAAGAACACAACAGUGUUCAGUGUCCUCUACGCUGUCUUUGGAGAGAGAGACAUGCGGCGGAUCAAUGUGGAGCCAGGGAAGACCAAGGUCACCAUUUAUGGGCUGCUGCCAAAGACCAAAUACAUCAUGUGUGUCUGCGUGAAAGGGCUGAUCCCCAGGAAGGAGCAAUGCAUCAUAUUUUCCACAGACGAAGUUGCCAGCGCAGGAGGGACCCAGAAGCUCAUCAAUGUGGUUGUCAUCAGUGUGGCCUGUGUCAUUGCUGUUCCUCUGACGCUGGUGGUCUGCUGUGGAGCACUGAAAAGGCGCUGCAAAAAAUGCUUUGUGCGGAAACCCAAGGAAAUUCAGGAGUCCUACGUCACCUUUGAAAGCCUGUCUCCUGGGGCCAAGGUGAAAGGCGUGGAAGGAGAAUACUUGACUAGACAUACCCCCGAUGAGUCGAACAGGCUGCUGUCUGCCCGAUCCAGCGUGGACUCAGAAGCAAUACCAAAGGUAGAGGGGCAACCUAAUGAAUACUUUUGCUGAAAGUAACUAGGCUGAUUGUUGGCUUGCUAGGUGGAAAGCACGUCGCUGUGUACACGACUCUGCUCCAGCACGGCAGGCUACCUUGUCAAUGCUUCUGUCUCCGACAUGUUCUGGAGGAGGAUGCAAGAGGGUAGAUGGUGCCCAAGCUUUACAGAAACAUGUUGCUCAUCCCACUUGGGGUUUGCUGUUUUGUAACCGAUCAAAAGCUUUUGUGAUAAUGGCCUCAUUCUCCUGGACCACUUUUAUUUUUGUAAAAUGAAGCAUGCACACUGAGUGUGAGGACAUUAAGCAACAUUUCUGAGCGUGCUCUGCUUGGUGUUGUUUAGUACCUGCUCUGCAAUAUGCUAAGUAUUUUAUUCUCAGCUCUUUUGAUGUUCUUUUGGUUGACAAACAGGGGAGUGUUUAUUAAUUUUAAUAUAAAUAUCUAUGAAGGUGAGGAUUGAGAGCCUCACCUUUUACAUCCCCCUUGUUCGCAUGAAACAUGCAGCUUGAUGCUUAAUAGAUCACUAAACACAGAGGUACAUCAACCCUUUCUACUACGUCCAACAUAAUGACAGCUCUAUGCUCUGAAUUCAGAGAAACGUGCAAAGGAGAUAGAUAGAAAUCAAGAGACAAAACCCAGUCCACUCCUAAGAAUACAUAAUAGAGAGUGUUUUGUGAUUGCAUUUUGGCCCUAAACACUAUUCUUAAGAUUUUCUUGAACAGGUCUUUCAGUAUCAGUCCUAGCUGGCAUUUUCUAGCUGUAUUGUAAUUAGUAGAGUAUGUUUUACAUCAGCUGUGCUAGUUAAAAUCAUACAAUAGCCUACUCUGCAAGUUGUGUGUGGCAUUGUAAUGCUUUGUAAUCAUACUGAAAAACCCACAUUAGACAGUUCUGCAAAAAUCUCCCAGACCAGCCCUGUCAUUGCUGCCGGCUCUCCUGACAAAACUGGUGGUGAAGACCAGAGGGCUCAGCCAGGCACUUGUGGCUUGGUCAUGAAAAUACCUUGCUCUGUGCAGAGCAGGGGUAUGCGAUGCGGUCAGGCACACAUCAGCCAUACUUCCACCAUGGCAUCAGUGGUGGCAGAGGCUCAGUGUGGACUUUUGGGUUUCAAGCAUUUUACAAGUUCAAGAACCCU